AUGCUCGGGGCAUGCAACGACCUCAACGUCCUAGCAAAGUCGUCGUUAUUUGACGAGCUUACUGCCGGUCGAGCACCAAAGAUCCAAUUCCAAGUGAACAACAGAGUUCAUAAAUUGAGUUACUAUCUCGCCGAUGGAAUAUAUCCUAGGUGGGCGACUUUCGUGAAGACCAUUCCAAACCCCACACGACCCAAGGAAAUUACAUUUGCCAAGGCUCAAGAGGGGUGCAUGAAAGAUGUGGAGAGGUGUUUUGAUAUUUUACAAGCACGCUUCGGUAUUGUUAAAGGAGCUGCUCGAGGGUGGGAUAAAGAGGAUCUCCAAUACAUCAUGUUGGCUUGUAUUAUCUUACACAACAUGAUAGUUGAGAACGAACGCCCUGGAGAUACUGAUGAAGAUUUAAAGUCUGAUGAAGAAGAGGACAACAAUAUGAGGCCAAGGAUAACAAAAGUUUGA